AUGACCGAAAACAGACAACGCAGCGUACUUGUUACUGGAGCCAAUGGAUAUAUAGGUUCAGCAGUUUGUCGAGCCUUUGUUAGAGCAGGCUGGAAUACCUAUGGUCUCAUUCGAAACCCGCAAGCUCGAGAGGAACUUGCACUUUCUGAAAUUAUUCCGGUGGUGGGAGCUUUCACCGAUCUCAGUUUCCUGGAAACUCUUUCCCAAGAGGUCAACACUUUCGAUACAAUAGUCAGCUGCACGGAAAAGAUCCCAGGCUAUGCUGCACACUUCGAAGAGGUUAUGGCUUUUGUCAGGAAACUGGCUGAGAGGAGCAACGAGAAUGGAGUUCGGCCUCUAGUUCUCUGGUCGUCUGGAUGCAAGGACUAUGGCAUGACUGGUCUCCACGGUACACCUGGCCUUGCGCCUCAUACUGAAGAGUCGCCAUUGAAUGGACCAGAGAUGUUGAAGGAGCGUACGACAAACUCUGCCAAGGUCUUCGACUACACGGACCUCUUCGAUGCGGCAGUCAUCAGACCAACAUGCGUCUUUGGAUAUUCAAACAGCUACUACGGCGCUAUAUUUAACUAUGCGGCUGAUCAGCGAGAAAAAGGAUCAGAAGUUCUUCGGGUUCCUGGGGAUCCCAACAGCAUCAUGCACGCAACUCAUACACUCGAGGAGGUUGCAGGAGCUGUAGCCAAAGAGUACGGCUUUGAGAAAGGGGUUCAGUUCGUCUCAGCUUCUGAGGCAGAGCCAUCAUUUCCUCCAGGACUGCAUUUCGUCUUCAGCUUCAGUCAAUGGGUAGGAAGUAAAAAGCUGCGGUCCUUGACGGGAUGGAACGAUAAACGGGCGUUGUUCUCCCAAGGGAUACACGCUCAUAGGCUGGCCUACGAAGUCUAUAAGGGCCGGGGUCAUGCUAAUGUCGCUGAGAUACAGAAGAGGAUUGGAGGGAACUUUAAUGCAGAGAAUUAA